AUGGAGGGCGACAGCGGGAGCCCGUGGGCCCUGGGGCUUCUGCGAACCUUCGAGGCGGACGAGUUCGCGGGCUGGGAGAAGGUCGGCUCGGGCGGCUUCGGGCAGGUGUACAAGGUGCGCCAUGUCCACUGGAAGACGUGGCUCGCUAUCAAGUGCUCGCCGAGCCUGCACGUCGACGACAGGGAGCGCAUGGAGCUUUUGGAGGAAGCCAAGAAGAUGGAGGUGGCCAAGUUCCGUUACGUGCUGCCCGUGUACGGCAUCUGCCGCGAGCCCGUGGGGCUGGUCAUGGAGUACAUGGAGACCGGCUCCCUGGAGAAGCUGCUGGCGUCCCAGCCGCUGCCCUGGGAGCUGCGCUUCCGUGUCAUCCACGAGACCGCGGUGGGCAUGAACUUCCUGCACUGCAUGUCCCCGCCCCUGCUGCACCUGGACCUCAAGCCUGCAAACAUCCUGCUGGACGCCCACUACCACGUGAAGAUCUCCGACUUCGGGCUGGCCAAGUGCAACGGGCUCUCCCACUCCCAGGACCUGAGCAUGGACGGCCUGUUCGGCACCAUCGCCUACCUCCCCCCAGAGCGCAUCCGUGAGAAGAGCCGGGUCUUCGACACCAAGCACGACGUGUACAGCUUCGCCAUCGUGAUCUGGGGUGUUCUGACGCAGAAGAAGCCGUUUGCAGACGAGAAGAACAUCCUGCACAUCAUGGUGAAGGUGGUGAAGGGCCACCGCCCCGAGCUGCCGCCCGUGUGCAGAGCCAGGCCGCGUGCCUGCAGCCACCUCCUGCGCCUCAUGCAGAGGUGCUGGCAUGGGGACCCACGUGGACGGCCCAGCUUCCAGGAAAUUACUUCUGAAACUGAGGACCUGUGUGACAAGCCUGAUGACGAGGUGAAGGACAUGACGCAGGACCUGGAUGUGAAGGACCCUCCGGAACCCAGGAGCGAGGCCGUGUCCACGCCCCUCAAGCGAGCCUCGGCUCCGGCCUUCGACAAGGACGACAGCCUCUCGGAGCUGCUGUCACAGCUGAGCUCGGGCACCUCCCAGACGCUCGAGGGCCCGGGCGAGCUCAGCCGCAGCGCCUCCGAAUCCAGGCUCCCGUCGGCGAGCAGCGGCAAGAGGCUGUCGGGGGUGUCCUCUGUCGAUUCUGCCUUCUCCUCCAGGGGGUCGCUGUCCCUGUCUUUCGAGCGGGAGCCUUCCACGGGCGACCUCGGCACGGCAGACGUGCAGAAGAAGAAGCUCGUGGAUGCCAUCGUGAACGGAGACACCAGCCGGCUGAUGAAGCUCCUGCAGCCGCAGGACGUGGACCUGGUGCUGGACGGCGGCGGCAGCCUGCUGCACCUGGCGGUGGAGGGGGGCCAGGAAGACUGCGUCAAGUGGCUGCUCCUCAACAACGCCAACCCCAACCUCACCAACCGCAGGGGCUCCAGCCCGCUGCACGUGGCCGUGGAGAAGCGCGCGCGGGGCAUCGUGGAGCUGCUGCUGGCCCGGAAGGUCAGCGUCAACGCCACCGACGAGGACCAGUGGACGGCGCUGCACUUCGCGGCCCAGAACGGGGACGCGUGCAGCACGCGGCUCCUGCUGGAGAAGGGGACCGACCUGCACUCCGACGUGGACGUCCGCAACGAGCUCGCGCAGACGCCCCUGCACGUGGCGGCGGAGACGGGGCACACGAGCACCGCCAGGCUGCUCCUGCACCGGGGAGCCCGCAGGGAGGCGGUGACCGCGGAGGGCUGCACCGCCCUGCACCUGGCUUCCCGGAACGGCCACCUGGCGACCGUCAGGCUCCUGCUGGAGGAGAAGGCUGAUGUGCUGGCUCGGGGGCCCCAGGGCCAGACGGCGCUGCACCUGGCCGCAGCCCACGGGCACGCGGAGGUGGUAGAGGAGCUGGUCAGUGCCGACGUGCUCGACCUGCCCGACGAGCAGGGGCUCAGCGCGCUGCACCUGGCCGCCCAGGGCAGGCACGCCAAGACGGUGGAGACGCUGCUCAAGCACGGGGCGCACGUCAACCUGCAGAGCCUCAAGUUCCAGGGGACCCUCAGCCCCGCUUCCAUGCUCCGGCGAAGCAAGACCUAGCCUGCUGCCCUCGGAGCCUGGAACCCUGGCGGGG